GUAUUGCUUCGAAUCGAUUCGCUUGAUUAUUUCAAUUAUUGUUAGUUUCAUUUGCCAGAACUUUGUUCAAGAUGCCUCGAGUUACUCGCAACAGCCAAACAAAAAUAGAGUUUCGUGUUCGGAAGACUCGAUCGCAACAAAAGGAAAACGUAGGGACCGUUGAAACAAGAGGAAAGCAAACUCCAGCAUCGACGACUUCGCCUCGAAAGCGACGCGAUGCCACGAAAGGUAAGAAAAAGACCUUCUUUUUGCUUCUUCAGCUCGUUACAUAUCAAACAUUAAGACUUUUUUUAGAAAUGUGUCGAAUUUACUCAGGGAUCUUACUGGAAAUAAUCGAAAAAUUCUAGGCCGAACUUUAUCCCUUGGACUUGAAAUUUCCCGCGCAAGUUUCACUGCUUGAUUCGUUGCAAAACUUGGUAGAUCGCUAGUUGAGAUUAAUCGAAGCACAUCUCAAGGAUUUUAGAUUAGAAAAGGGGCAUUUACUCGUAAUUUUGGUCCAGAAAUGCCAGUUUCUAUCUCGAUUCUCCUGCACGUACAUAGUUAAUGAGAUUAGAUUUUCUACUCAUUUGUAUGCAAGCGUACAUCUUCCAAACACAAAAGGCUUUAAAUUGACCCAUUCAUCACUGGAAUAAAUUUCCUGAAUGAAAUUUGUUUCCCAAACGUGUAUCCUGCUUUUGCGGUCUCGAUUUAUUUUCCGUCUGUACCUUUUUAAUAAACCAAAAAUAUUAUGUAUCCGCGGGACCGUGACGUGGAAGAAGUCAGUGUGACUGUCACGCUGCCCUUCAUGCAAGGAAUGAUAGUGUUCUGGCGGUAGAAUUUUCCUUCAAUCACCGACAUAUUCUUCGAUUGUUAAGUCCUUUUUAAGAAGAACCUGCCACUUAAAUGAUUUCUUCCCAAAUCUGUUUUCAACAGUGGAAACUCAAACUGUUUCUCCAAAGAAGAGAAAGAACAACAGAGGAAAACCCGAAGAUGUAGUUUGCAGUGACACAGAAAACUCUGAUCCAAAGAAAAAGCUGACAUUCGCAAACCAAGAUGGUAUGUGGUGCAAUUCCAUGAUAUAUACGGAGCUGUACUCAAGCAGACCCUGUUGCUCUGAAAUACCAAUCACCUGCUGGGCACCCUAGAUUUUACAGGUUCACAGCACAGCCUUGAUAUUAUAAAAUAUAAAAGCCAAAGGAAAAAAAAAUCAAAAUUUUACCCUUAAAUUGCAUACAAAUAACAUUUUUCUAUUGAAGCGAGGCUGGUUCGAAUUAUACUAGUUUGAACCUCUUGUAAGUCACUCAUUAGGUUAGGAGUAGUACUUGAUUUAAAAGAGCUGCCAAAGAGAUUUCAUUUUAAUGGUUUAUUAACAAACUAAAAGAUUUGUUCACAGAUUUAAAAAUAAUUUAGAAUGGUACAAUGACUCCACCAUACCUCACUUCAGAACAAAAAAUUUAUAAGCUCACCUACCCCUCCCAUGAGCCAACAUUUUUCCUCAAGAGAGAAGUAAGUGUUAAUGUUGGCUUAGGGGAGGGGUAGGUGGGCAGUUUCCCAGCAACGUAUAAUGAUCCAAACUUAUAAGCCUGCCAGUAUAGUAAUUCACCUUCUCUGUGGUUGCCAGAGUCAUCUAGUGAAGCUCAAGAAACUCCCAAAUCCUCAAAGAAGAAAAACAACAAGGGAAAGACUACUGAUGCAACUUCCACUAGUACCAACAGCCCAGGAGCAAAACAAAUGCUGUCCCUUGCUCGUCAAGAUGGUAAGUAGUGGUAUUGAUUCCCAGGAGGAUAGUUCAAAUUUUAGUUGAUGUGGAUGAUCGAAAGAAUUUAUCUUUCUAAUGCCAAAAAUGUCAAACAAUCAAGGUAAUUUAAAAUCACCAAGAAGUUCCAUCAUUAUUUUUUUAAAUAGCCAAGAGCCGGUACGUAUAGUAAAAGGCUCCAAGUCAGAAGUGAUAAGUGGCUAAAUCGCCUUAGAGUUUGUAAGAGCACUCGCCUAGGGGUGUGUGAGGGGGGGAGGGGGGAGGAAGAACUCCCAUGUACAUAUAAAAGUGAUGGGGAUGCAUCCCAGGAGCACUUGUGACCAAGUGAAAAUAAAAUAUUGAAGUCAUAAGGGAUUUGCAUGCAUGACGGAGUCAGAAUAGCAAGAAUAUGUUUGUGACUCCACUGCUUCAUGUCUGUAUUGGCAAGCAGAAAAGGAAGAAUGAGCCAAUCAUGAUGCAUGUAAUUCUGAUUGAGCUCUAUGAUGGUUUUGUUUUCUUUUUCUUCUGCUAAUGACUCCUCCAAGAAUCUUGCAUUCUCAGAAUAAUAUUAUGGAAAUAAAAUUGACAUCAUAAUAAAUUACUUACUCUUAUUUUGAAAGGUCAUCAAUAUUCUAAAGUGAGAAGAGCACUACAUUCUUCACACCCUGACAACUUAAUAUGUCGAGAAAAGGAGAUCGCAGAAAUCAGAUCAUUUCUACUCAAUCAUCUGCCAAAGGAAAAACCAGGAAGUUUGUACAUUUCAGGGGCACCAGGGACAGGAAAAACAGCUUGCUUGACAAGAAUCAUGCUUGAAAUGAAGGUAAAUGAAAUGACCAUGAUAAAAGCAAAGAGUCUUAUUGGUGAUGAUCAAGGCUUAUCAUGUACAUUUGUUACAAGAUCAAUAGUUGGACGAUCAUGAUAGUGGUAGUGUUGGUAACACUGGCAGAUCCAGACCUUUAGAUGAGGAAGGGGGGGGGGCGGUCAUCCAGACCCUGAGAUAAGGGGGGCAGUCUCCAAAAAAAAAAUUUUUCGGCCCUUCUGGCCUCAGUUUGGUCUAAAGAUCGGGGGGGCAGGCCCCCUGGGCCCCUUUCCUGGAUCCGCCACUGGGUGAUGGUAAUAAUGUACUAGCCCCAAAACCCUUUUUGAUUAGCAGCAUUGAUGACAAUCCUUCUGUAAUUUGAAUUUCCCCAAAAAACGGCACUUGUCCCUAGCUAGGGCAAGUUAAGAACAAAACUCACUAGCCCCGGGCUAUCGGACUCCACUUUCUUUGCACUCUGAAAGUUCCAGGUGUUUAUGCUCGACCACUGCACCAGGAUAAUACAUCUUAUAUGUCUUGCAAACCCUUGUGAACUCUAUUGUAAUAAAGCUGUAUAUGGCAAUGAAACAUGUUGUAUCGGGCUACUACAUGUAGGCCAUAAUUAUAUUAGAAUUUACUUGUCAAGACUUGACAAUUAAUACGUAAAACACAUUGUUUUCUUACCCAUAACAGGCUGAGAUAAGAAAAUGCCAAGUUAUUUUCAUAAACUGCAUGGCAUUAAAGCAAGCACAGGAUAUUUUCCAGAAAAUAGCAGUUGAAUUAGUAGGCGAAGAAAAGUGUCCCACCAAGGUAACACAAAAAUCUUUGGAGGAGGAAUUUGCCUCACCAAAACUCACAAGGUAAUUCCACUGUCAUUGCAUUGGCUUGCUUACGUAGUUUAGUGUUCUAUAACAUAACAAGAUUGCCUAUCACUUGACGAGUAUUACAUUUGUAUGUCACACGUACUUCAUGCACCUCACAAAAAAAACCAUUAAUAGCUUUCCUUAAAAAAAAGACAUUUUUGGUAAUUACAACUCAGUAUUUUCCAUUCCAAUUUUCCAAUCACGAUUUUAAGAAUGGGAGAGUAUUCCUUGAAAAAAAAGUUCAGAAAACAUGCAAACCUAUUGACAUUAACUUUGUAAGCUGUUGUUUUUGUCUUACCUUUAGUAAACAGUCCAUGAUGGUCAGAAUGCAAAGUAAAUUUUACAGUAAACAAUAUCUUAAGGAAGGGAUGGGUUCACAACAACACAAAGAGCACCAGCAACUUAUUAAAUAUUUUAUCUGAACAUUACAAAGUCUUAUGUUUUUUAAAUAAGUAGAAUAAAUUAUCGGUAUUUAUUUAUUUUUUUGUUUUUGCAGAAUUCUAAUCUUGGAUGAAAUGGAUCAACUUGAAUCCAAGAGUCAAGAAAUCCUGUACACCAUUUUUGAGUGGCCAUCUCUGCCAAAAUCAAAGCUUGUUUUAAUCGGUAAGUAAAGAUCAGCUGAUAGAGUAUUACCAUGAGAUUUUAUGUUCUUUGAAACAAUUUGGGCUCCUUAAUUUUAUCUUACCAUGCAAAGAAAAAAUGUCCGGUCAAAAAAGGCAAAGAAAGAUUUGAAAUUAUGUAUUAAAGGAACAUCUAUAGACUGUAAAAAAACUCAGUUAUCAUGGGCUUGGGGGAAGGGGUUGGGUGGACAACAUGGAAUGACUGUAAACUGCUUUGAGUGAGGGGCAAAGUGGGCAUUGUUUCUCUGCAAUGUGUUCCUGGCAAGUGUUUUUAUCACACUGUACAUAAAAUUUAAAAAGCAUUAACAACUUUCUUUUCUCUAAGGAAUAGCAAAUGCUCUGGACUUGACAGACAGAAUUCUUCCAAGACUACAAGCAAGGCCAAAGUGUAAGUAUCUGUCACUUAAGGUUUACAUAACUUAAUUUAAUUGCUGGUUUUGCACAUGCUGUUUUAUUUCAUAAUACUAGAUUUUAACUCUGCACGAGUGUUAUAUUUGUUUAGAUAUAUAUACAAUGUAGUACACAAAAUAUACAAAUUGUCAGCAAAGUAUCUACACAUAGGCGAAAAUAAAUGGAAUUAAAAAAUUUUACUAAGUUCUUUAACAUAUGUGAAUUUUUACUUAUAGGUAAACCUGAACUUCUUCACUUUGCCCCAUAUACCAGAGACCAGAUUGUCAAAAUUAUACAGGACAGACUAACAGUGGUGAGUUACAGUCAUUCGGACAUUUUGUUUGGCCAGAAGCAGAGGUGUGUUGGAUCAAUUUGGGCCAGGUUUCUUGGAAACUGCCAACCUACCCCUCCCCUAAGCCAACAUUUUGCCCUAAGUGAGUGGUAAGUGUUAAUGUUGGCUUAAAGAGGGGUAGGUGGGCAGUUUCCCAGAAACCUAAAUUGAUCUGGCAUGUUUCCAGGAAGUGGGAUGGGUAAUGGGGUAAAACGGGUGUGUCAAGAAGGAAGGGGGGAUGGAGGGCUUGGAUUAGAAAGAGAAGUGUGUCCACUAGGUUUUACUCCUGACUGGGAUGGUACUCCCAUAUACGGGCUAUAAAGGUAAUUGUUUUGCUCAUCAGCAGGAUAUCCUGUUUUCCUCUCUGGCUCUGGAAAAAGGGAAUAAAAAUUCCCCCAAUAUUUCCUGAUUAUUCUCGAUCAAACUUGCGAAACUACGCUCCUCUUGUCGUUUUAUCACUGAGCCAGCCAUGAAAACAGGAUUCCUAUUUUUACAACAAUUAUUGUCAGGAACAGGAACACAAAUUCAUCUCCUUUUGCCUGAAACAUGUCCAGAGUCUGAGAGACUCAGCGGCACACCUCCAUAGUAAAUUUAAGAUUGCACCCCCCAUGUUACUGUGUUCAAGAAACAGAGCAUUGGUUUGGUCUAAUGAAGGGGCUGAUCAAUAUUAAAAUAAUUAUUUCAUUUGAUUCCAGGUUGAAGAGGGGAACAGUAUUCUGGAUACAUCAGCGAUACAGUUUUGUGCAAGGAAAGUGUCAGCCAUGGCUGGGGAUAUGAGGAAGGCCUUAGAUAUUUGCAGGUAACACUAGUGAUCAGAAACUUAAAAAAUCAUUAUUGUAUUCCUUAUCAUUAUUUGACAACUUUUGUGUAUAGUACAUACUUGUUUGUCUUGGAUUCCUGGGUGUGAAAGAGACACGUGGAGCAAAGUUUCUCGUCAAAGAAAAGGACUUGAUGAAGAGGUGCAUGGGCCAACUUGAAAUUUCCACCUCAAUCUGCCCUGAAAUAUUCUGACAUGCUAACAAUUAAUAGCAUGUACGUUGUAAGGAGUUUCUCUGUUUCCAAACUAUUCUAUGUCAUUUUUCAGGAGAGCAGUUGAAGUUGUAGAAUCUGGAGAAAGGAAACAGCAAAUUUUACAGCCUGUCCAAACAGGUACGAAACAUUUUCUAGAAUGAAAAUUUACAUACUAACAGCUAUACCCCAAAAUACAAUAUUAUGUAGCACGGCGAAUCUAGGCCAAGGUUUAGAGCAUAAGAUUCAUAAAGUCCAGGAAGCUUUAAAAUAAUUUUUCUUUAACAAUGGUACUCCUAUGUCAUUUGUAGUCUGAUGAUGCACCUAUAGAGUGUGGUAAAGUACAGCUGUUUGACAGAGAUUGUCAUUGCUAAUAUAGCUUUCAUGCCAAUUUACCAGCAAAGUUGAGAAAAAGUUUCCAUGCUGCACUAGUCUUUCCUGUCGAUUCUUUCCAGCAAAUGAGUUACUGUACUGCUAGCCUGCACCACAGCCAGAAAUAAACUUCUGGUUAAAAGUCUGCCUGCAAAAGAGCGCCGAAACACUUGUUCUGGGGCCCCACCCGUGUGGAACGAUUUGAGCACAUGCUGUGAUUGGCCUGUAAAAACAAGCCAUUGUCAACUUGCCAAUCAGGUUGAAGGUAAAUUUGAACAACCUUUCCAUUAAUUCGUUGAGUGUGUUGUGGGCCCAGAACAAGGAUAUCGGCACUGCUUCACAGAAGUUGACUAACUGGGGUUAGAUAACGUCUUAAAUGCAGGCUAGUUACUGCCAGCAGCAGUUUUUCACUGUAGUAUACUUACAGUGCUCUUAAAUUACUUCCCUUUAGCUGAAUCUCCUCGCAAAAGACCUGAAACUCCACCAAAACCUAAAAAGGUUGGAAUCUCCCAAAUAGCCAGUGUUGUAGCUGAAGUUUAUGGAUCUCGUCUGGUGGCAGGACCUGGCGUUGAACAGCCAACUAUUCCUUUGCAGCAAAAACUUCUUAUCUGUACCUUCCUAUUAAUGACAAAAGAACGCAAUACCAAAGAGGUUGUGUUAGGAAAGGUAGGUUUUGAAUUUCAAGUUAGCUUCUUUCACAUGCUUACAAACAGAACCGGGAUAUCUCCUGUGUAAUUUCUUAUCCGUCGACACGUUGGUAUACUAUCAGUUGACAGGUCAGCUGACUCUUGUUCAUUAUGUGCGUCAAUAUCUGCAGUCGGCUGUCGUUGUUUCACAGGAAACAAAUAGAAAUUAGUUGGACUCACUGAUGCUCAUGUGUGCUUAACACAGGGUAUUUUAAGUUUAAUAAAGGCCCCACUGCAUUUUGGCAGAUUUUGAGUAGGUACAUAAUGUACGAGGUGUUGCCCAGGUCUCCAAAUCUUGACCCCCUUUUAGAAGAAUUUUGCUCUCAUAAUGAUGCCCCAUUCAAAAACAUUCCAAAAUUUAAUAUAGACACAUUCAAGUGAUUAUUUUUAUUCCAUUGCUGGUACAGUAUGAGAGCACAUGCAAGAAAACAAAAAAGAAGUUAUUUCUAUCAAAUCCGUAUUUAAUAAUAAAGUGAAUAAUUAUUCUGUCUACAGUUUCACGACACUUACUGCAAGAUCUGCACCAGGCAGAAAGUUUCCCAGCUUGGCCAAGAAGAUUUUCUCGGUUUGUGUAACAUACUGGAAACAAGAGGACUUCUUGGAAUCAAGAGAGCUAAGGACACAAGAAUGAUGAAGGUUAGUCUAGCAUGACAGGAUGCACAAGUCCUCUCUAGAGUAUUAUUACAUUUCCCUGGAGUUUGUCUUGUAAUAUACUAAAAAAAUUAUGGAAAAAGGUAGAGCUUGAUUCUACUAAAAGUUUGUACAACAGUUACAAAGAUUGCAAAACAUGUUCAGUUCAGGGGUUCACCUGAGACAACGUUUUAAGCUAUUUUGAUUCAUAUUUUGUCUAGACAAAAGAAAAUGUUCUUAGGGGUUUGCUUUACUUAACAAAAGUUCACAGUUAGCUACAAUCUUGGACAGAAUGAAAUGGAACAGCAAACCCCCAUCCCCCACCCCCUAGCUCCGUCAUCUAUAUUGUCCAAGAUUGUGGAACAACAUGUAGUUUAAGAUUCCCCAUGCUACAUUUUUGUAAAGAGGCCAAAAGAUUUUGAACUUUGUAAAGACAACACAGUUUGACCAACGGGCAGCAGUCUGAUCUAUAGACAGGAACCUGUUCAGCAAAGAAAGCCCCUUCCCGCUUCAAACCCAAUCAAGAUGGUAAACACCUUUACAUCACAACACAUUUGAAUAUACUACCGUCUCUUUUACAGGUAACACUCAAAAUAGAUGAGAAAGAAGUGGACUAUGCACUCCAAGACAAAACUCUAUUAUCCAGUAUUCUUCAAGAAGGAAUGCCGACAACAUCAUGA